GGGGAGUGGCGACGCUGGUGAUUGACGGGCGGGGAAGGCGCCGCCAUUUUCCACUGUCAUGGAGUCGGGCGGACGACAGUGAGCGGGGCUUCGUCUCCCACCCUGAGUCUCCCAGCUUGUCGUUCUGGUCAUGAGCCUGAUCUCUGGUGUGAAGGACAACUCUGACCGUCUCUGUACUCCAGCGACUGCACUCUAAGGAUUGUUGUGCUGGACCUUCUGCCUCAAGAUGCCUGCAGGCGUGUACUAUUCCAUGCCCUACUGUGCAAUCUUCAUCCUGCCAAUCCUCAUCAUGGAUGUUCCAGCUCUGGAGGGCUAUGUGUACGCGUACACUAACAGCACGCCCAACACCACCAUGAUCUUCGAAGACCUGCCAUCAAUGUUUGGCUACCAAUUGCAAAGGGAUGGAUUACCGGGUUACUUGGUGUUUGCAAAGCCAGAGAAUGCGUGUGUGCCCAUCGCUCCGCCUCCCUCAAACACCAGCCUGAUGGACUUCAUCGUUGUGAUUCGUCGAUAUGGAUGCAACUUUGAUGUCAAGGUUCUGCAGGCGCAGCUGGCCGGCUACAAGGCUGCAAUCGUGCACAACGUCGACUCGGACCAACUGCUCAGCAUGCGCUGGAGUAACGACGAAAUCAGACGUCAGAUCACAAUCCCGUCCGUGUUCAUAGGGACCCAUGCCUCCCAGUUAAUGAAGUCUCUGUUCACUUAUGAUAAGGGGUGUAAGCGGGUAAUGUGUUCUUCAUCCCCGUCCCGGCCCAGAGUGUCCCCGUCCCGUGUAACACGUGCCGGCCCAGAGUCCCGUCCCGGCCUCUCCCGUCCCCGUCCCGAGUCCCCGUCCCAUCAGAGUCCCCCCGGCCCCGUGAGUCCCAUGUCCCCGUCCCCGGCCCCGUCCCACAUUCCCUCCCCGUCCCCAGAGUCCCAGUCCCCGUCCCGGCCCAGAGUCCCCGUCCCGGCCCAGAGUCCCCGUCCCGUCCCCCGGUCCAGAGUCCCCGUCCCGGCCCAGAGUCCCCGUCCCCGUCCCCGUCCCGGCCCAGAGAGUCCCGUCCCCGUCCCAGGCCCAGAGUCCCCGUCCCCGUCCGGCCCAGAGUCCCCCGUCCCCGUCCCGGCCCAGAGUCCCCGUCCCGGCCCAGAGUCCCCGUCCCCGUCCCCGUCCCCGUCCCGGCCCAGAAUCGUCAGAUGCGUGCAGUAUCGCCGGAGGAUCCGGAGAAACCGACUCUCCAAGGACCAGCUCAAGAAACUCCCAGUCCAUAAAUUCAGCAAAGGAGAUGCCUAUGACGUGUGUGCCAUCUGUCUAGACGAGUAUGAGGAGGGUGACCGGCUGCGGGUCCUGCCUUGCUCGCACGCGUACCAUUGUAAGUGUGUGGACACGUGGCUGACACAGACACACAAGACGUGCCCAGUGUGUAAGCAGAGGGUCCUGCGUUCUGCGUCCGACUCAGACUCUGAGACAGAGACGGCAGGAGAGGAGAACGAUGAGAGGGAAUCUGAACGCACGCCCCUUCUGCAGGCCUCCUCGUCCUCAGGCCCACACACGUUUGGCACCAUUGGUGUCCCGCACCACGGCACCCAGGGUCUGUCGCAGUCCGGCAGCUCGUGUGUCUGCACCGGGGCUACCACCGGAGGCAGCCCGGCACCAGAGCACAACAGCACGUCAUCAGGUUCCGACUCUGGCCUCUCGUCUGCCCAUGUUUACACCGUUUAAACAGCCCUCACUCACACUUGCCCCGUGGCACCACACGGGAGCUGCCUGUGUCCUGCUAUCUAACUGUUGUUUCCAGCUCCUUCUAAAAGAAAUACAUGUGUGUGUAUAUAUUGUUGGUGAGCUGCCCUUUAACCUGGAGUUAGUCGCCCCCUCCCCCCCCCCCCCCCCCAAAUGCCAACACCACAAAAGCCCCCACCCUAGUGGCAAACGGACAUGGGGUGGGAGAGGAGUCAGCAUCCCCAUUCAUUGUGAUCACGGCUGAUCAUCCACAAUCAGUUCCCCGUUCCUGCUUUCUCUCCCCAUAUCCCUUGAUUCCGUUAGCCCCAAGAGAUAAAUCUAACUCUCUCUUGAAAACAUCCAGUGAAUCGGCCUCCACCGCCGUCUGUGGCAGAGAAUUCCACAGAUUCACAACUCUCUGGGUGGAAAAGCUUCUCCUCAUCUCAGUCCUAAAUGGCCGACCCCUUAUUCUGAAACUGUGUGUGUGUGUGUGUGUGUGGCCCCUGGUUCUGGAUUCUUCCCCCCAACAUCAGGGGAACAUGUUACCAGCAUCUAGCCUGUCCAAUCCUACAUGCACACUUGCUGAAUAGAGACCCAGCCCUGCAUCGCACACAGCAGGUGUGAAACUCAAUGUAGAGGCCUCUGCAUCUGGGGGUCAGCCUCUUGGCCUGAUGUCCCCUCUCUCCACCUGUACCCUCUAAUGGCCAACAACAUGUAAAGCCCAGUCAGUCUGUUGUCUCGAGUCUUGGCCACCGAUGUAACCUACAAACCUGCACGUCUUUGUAGUGUGGGAGGAAACCGGAGCACCCGGAGAAAACUCACGCAGGUCACAGGGAGAACGUGCAAACUCCGUACAGACAGCGCCCGUAGUCGGGAUCGAGCCCGGGUCUCUGGCGCCGUGAGGCAGCAGCUCUACCCGCUGCACCACCGUGCCUGAAGAGAAAAUGUAGGGGCCUUCCUGAAAGGGGAGCAUUAGCAACAGGUGCCAGGGUCCACAGGUGUAUCAUUCUCCUGCCUUCUACACAAGUCAUUCUCAUGAACUGUUUCUUCCCCUUUAACCAUGGACUUGUCACUGCCACCACCAUUGUACGUCGCGGUGGUGCAGCAGGUAGAGCUGCUGCCUCACGGCGCCAGAGACCCGGGAUCCAUCCUGACCUCGGUGCUGUCUGUACGGAGUUUGCACGUUCUCCCUGGGGCCAUGUGUGCUCCGGACUCCUCCCACAUCCCAAAGUGCCACAGGUCUGUAUGUUGAUUGUAAAUUGUCCCUAGUGUGUGUAGGACAGUGUAGUGUGGUCGCUGGUUGCUGUAGACUCACUCGAGGGGCCAGUCUACGUCCAAAGUACACUUGGAUUCCAAACAUUUGAUAAGAUUUGAAGGGAGUGAAGCUCGUGCAGUAAUCAGUCUCCGCUUAUCCAUUACACCAGCUGCCCCUAAUGAUCUAACAGCAAAUAUCAUUCAGAUUGUUGAACAGGAACUGACUCAUAAUGUGGCUACUUCCCUGACUGUGUGUGGCAAGUUCUCAAUCUUAUCCACGUGAGUAUUUACAGUGGCCACAAGUCACUGGGCUCCAUCGAAGCUCAGUCUGGAAACACUUUUUGUUUAGCUGGGCAAAAAUGCUGGAGAAACUCAGUGGGCGAGGCAGCAUCUGUGGAGUGAAGGAGCAGGUGGCAUCUCGCUCCAUAGAUGCUGCCUCACCCAGCUGAGAUUCUCCAGCAUUUUUGUCGGCCUUCGAUCCUUCCAGCAUUAGCAGUUCUUUUUUUAAAAACUUUUUUUUUGUUCCGUCUAUUGAAAUCUUAGCGUUACUGAGCUUCAGCUCUGAACAUAGCCGAACGUGUUCAGUCCUGUCCAAAUCCAGGUAUGUAGGUAUGAUAAACCUUGUCAGACUCUGCUGUUUGCCUCUGGCCUGCACAAGCCGUAGAACUAAACAGCUGCCACGCUUGUGGAACAUUGUGCAAUGGUACACAGGCCUGUGCCAGGAGCUCCUGGUAUAAGACGUUGGGAGUUAACUGUGGAAAUGUAACUAACACAGUCUUGCGCUGAUAAAACAUACAAACUAGGAAUGGCAGGUGCAGGUUUACACCAAAGCACAGAGUGCUGGAGUAACUCAGCGGGUCAGGCAGCAUCUAUGGAGAACAUGGAUAGGUGACGUUUCAGUUGCUGACCUGCUGAGUUACUCCGGCACUCUGUGUCCUUUUAUUGCUGAUAUACAUGUCUGUUGCAUAGAAGAUUGUUAUGGGUGCAGAGUGGAUCCAUGCACUUCUUGAUCUAACCUCCUGGGCUAUACUCUCUGUAAACCAGAGGCUCUCUGGGUUUGACUGAGGAACCUGUGACCACUGGCCUUGCCUUUGUUGAAUAUCACAGUCCCCAAGGUAGGAAUCGGCAAAGGGUGCAGCAGGUAGAACCACUGCCUCACAGCGCUAGAGACCCGGGUUCGAUCCUGGCCUUGUGUCUGUGUGUGUGUGGAGAUUGCAGGCUCUCCCCGUGACCACGUGCAGUUUCCACCCUCAUUCCCAAAAGUGGGUUAACAUAGAAUGGGGUGGGCCGAAGGGCCUGUUUCUCCCAACUAAAUGUACUGCUUCCCCAGAGCUGGCUCAGCCCAUUUAUACCUGAUCACCCAUCUACAAGUGAGAACGGCCUGUGUUCAGUUUGGAAGCACUGUUGAUGGUGGCAGUUCCUUCCAUGUGUGGAGGAGGCCAGGUGAAUCCAUCGAGACCGACAGCUAAUGUCCCUGGAACCUCCUGUUGACACCUCUCAUUACAUCCACCUGAGAAUAAUGUGCUGAAUAGCUCUGGACUCUGCCUAACAAUCUCUUCAAGAUCAUUUUUUGUAAAUUUAGAUGUAUGCAAUAAAAUAGUUUGAUAAUUUCCAUUUUCUAUCAUGUAAUUUUUAAGAAAUCUUUUAACUUCAAAUAUGAUUUCAAUAAAAGAAAGGGUCAUUGAAUUAAA